UGCGAGCCGAGGUCGCUAUGACCAGUGUCCUGUGUUCCCGGGCUGCGGGAGCGGUCCGAGCUCUGCGGCUCGCGGGCUGGGCUUCGCGGAGCCUGCACUCGCCGACCCGUGGCCGGUCUCCAGCCCAGCCUGCAGACAGGGAAGAGGAGGAAGACCUCAACCUUCCAGUCCAGUUCUCCUCUAGCAAGGCUGCCCCAGUCCGCUGGACGGUGGAUCAUUCCCGGGGGAAGCAGUAUCAGCAGCCUUGGUGGAAAGUGCUGCCGUUUACCCUCGCCCUCAUGGUUCUGAUCAUGUGGUGCUAUCUGAGGCAGGAGAGUAACAAGGACCAGUGGCUGGGACAGGUCUUGGGAGAGGAGGACGAGGAGGAGUCAGAUGGUCGCCCGGAGGAACCUGAAGAAGCUCCGGUUCUCCACGGGGCUAGAACGUGACAGGGUGCCUGCUGAGGAAGGAAAUAAGCAGCCGUCCUUCGAUUUCGUUGUCGACUCUGGCGAUUUCUGACCUGGUUCUGCUGGCGCUCUUGGCGCGGAGACGCGAGAACACAGCACAAAAUUGGAGGCUUGAUAUCUGAUCCUUGCCAGACACCAAUGCCCAGUGGUUACGACCAAAGAACUUUUGAGGUUCAUAGAACAGGUUGUGGGUGCACCGUGUGCUGUUGGAUUUGUGAUGUGCUUGUACAGCCUAAUCAUGUUUUUAAAGCAGUUCGGGCGGAGGUGUUCCCUGCACUUCAUUUGCCUUCUGAGACAGAAUAACUGCAAAAGUGUAAAGAGCCACGUUGUGUGCAACAUAAGUUGAAGCUAAUUUUAAAUAUUAACAAAUGGAAAGUACAUUUGGUGAAGCCUAAUGAACACAAUUCUCCCCUUGCAUCAAGGUUUUUUGUUUUUGUGUUCGAGCCAUAGUCUCCCUAUAUAUGCCUCUGGCUGUCCUGGAACCGGCUAUGUAGACCAGCCUUGCCUCAGACUCGGAGAUCUGCCAGCCUCUGCUUCACUUCCCCAGUGAUGGGACUAGAGGUGUACACCAGACACCCUCUGGCAUCCUCUUUUGUUUCUAUUAUUUUUUUGGUUUUUUGAGACAGGGUUUCUCUGUAUAGCCUUGGCGGUCCUGGUUUCUCUUUGUAGACAGGGCUGGCCUCUAACUCACAGAGACCAACCACGCAUGGCUGGCAUCUUGUUUGUGAAGGGAGUAAUUUGCUAGGCCAAUCAGUCAACCUUUUUUUUUUUUCUCCUGCUCUUCAUUCCCACUUGAGAACUUAGAACAAAACCCAAAAAUUAUAAUACAUGCCUGUAAUCCCAUCACUUAGGAGACUGAGGCAGGAGAAUCCUAAGUUUGAGGUCUGUUGGUCUAUCUGAGCUACAGAGGGAGAGUCUUUCCAAAAAGCAAACGAAAAAUUAUUUUUCAAAGAGACAAAAAAAAGUGUCCUUUUUUGUUUGUUUGUUUUGUUUUUGUCUCUGUCUUUUUUUACAGUGUUGGGGGUUGAACCCAGGAAUCUAACAUGCUAGCCUACCAAUGAGCUCUAUUCCCAGCUCACAUAGAAUUGUUUUGAAAAAAAUGUCUCCAUCCAUGCAUCAUGUCCUCAGUGCUGUCAGGCUGAUAACUUCUCUCCAGUGAUGUGGGUAUUGAAGUCAUGAGCAAAAGGAGAACGUUGGCAAUUUGGGACAGUGGGAACACUUACUACACAUCUGUUUUCUUUUAAUUUUUCAAGAUUGAUUCUCUGUGUAGCCCUGGCUGUCCUGUACCUCUGGCUGUAGACCAGGCUGGCCUCAAGCUCAGAGAUCCACCUGCCUCCUGCCCCUGGGAUUGAAGGUGUGUGCCACCAGGCCCAAGCCUGACAUCUGUUUGUUCGAUUGGUUUUCAUGGGGUGACAGUAGAGCAGGUUGCUGGCUGAAGUUACUUUCAUGCUUAUUUUUGUGCCAUGUUUGUCUUUUUCCCAAAUGGACUCUAGCCUGUGUUUUUCCUAUGGCACUCAGCCUGCUGACUUCGGGUGUUGGGAGAGGACCUGCAAAUAUGAGACAGCACAGGUGACUGCUGCAUGUACAAGAUGAUAGAUAAAAUUGUUGGGCAGGAAGAAAAAUAAAUAAAUAAAUAAAUAAAUAAAAAUAAAACAUGUUCUUUGAAGGGAGAAGGCAUUAACCUAACAGACACUUAAAAAUAAUAAAGUUAUUUUAUGU